GAUAAAGCUUUGGUUCUGCUAUAAAAGGAGGUUUUCGAACACAAUCCAUUUACUUGAAGGAGAUUCUCGGAGGAAAUAUGUUCCGCCUAAGUUUACUGCUGGUUAUAGUUGGUGCAGCUGCCGUUUUGGGCAACACACUUCCCGUCGAGUUCCUCGAAUGGGAGGGACGCAUCGUCGGAGGUUCGAACGCAGGUUCAGGCCAGUUUCCGUACCAGGUUUCGCUACGCUCGUCCGCAAAUUCUCAUUUCUGCGGUGCUUCGAUCAUCAACAAUCGUUGGGUGCUAACGGCGGCCCAUUGUACGGUUGGCCGAACACUGGCGAACACCCGCGUCGUGGUCGGAACUCAUUUGCUGAAUAGUGGUGGAUUUUCUCACAGCUCUUCCCGCAUCGUUAACCAUGGAUCGUACAAUGCCAACACACUGGCCAAUGAUGUGUCGCUGGUACAGACUGCCUCGGUUAUCGGUUUCAACAAUCUGGCACAGCCUAUUGGUCUGGGUGCUUCCAAUAUCGGCACAGCAACCGGCGCCAUAGCCUCGGGUUGGGGACGUCUAGGAGCUAAUGCUGGAGUACCGAACAACUUGCAGUGGCUGCGCACUAACAUUAUCACGUUGGCUGAUUGCCGCAAUCGUCACUCGGCCGCUAAUCGCGGUAGCGUCUUUGACAACACAAUCUGUACGCUGAGUCCGUCCGGGCAGGGAAUGUGUAUGGGUGAUUCUGGUGGCCCGUUGGUGCAUGGUGGCGCUCAGCAAGGUAUCGUAUCUUGGGGUAUUCCGUGCGGAUUGGGUGCCCCGGAUGUGUUUGCCCGUGUAUCCUCGCACCGAAAUUGGAUUCUGAACAACGCUAAUUAAAGGUAUCGAUGUUUUUACACGAGAAGAUCAAAUGGAUUGGCAAAGAUUGCUCAAGAAAAUAGAAACAUUGUGAUUUUUUUAGAAAUUUAGGUGACGCGAAUUGAUCAAAACUUUGGUACAUUAUAAUGCAUCAUUUUAAUGACAUGUUGUAAUUUUUUCAUGCAAAUAUAUUGACAAGCGACUCGGUGACGAUGCUUUUCUCUGGAAAAAACACGAUUUGCGGUGUGACCUGACAUUCGAAAACUACUAAACCGAUUUGUUUCAAAUUUUGCAUAUACAUUCUAUGUAAAAAAUACCUAACCCUUACGUUGAGUUUUUGAGGGUUUUUUACAAAAUUG